GCGACAUCAGGAAACAGUUGGCGUUUCGGUUCGUUGUUAAAGGGGGAGAAUGUGGCGGCCAUGAGAGCGGGAGCCGGCGGCCAUCUCACCCAUCGAUGCGUCUCUUCCAAUUUCAUUGUCCUCCGCAAUCGGCUUCCAGAUCCACGGCCGUUCUUUACCCAACCCGUUUUCAACCCAAAAUUCAUGGCCCAAAAGGCAGAUUCCCAGCCGAUUCGAUCGGAAUUGGAAGCUGAUGGAAAGGAGAAAGAUUCAGAGACGCUACCUAAAGAAGUCCCUCCGCCGCCGGAGAAGCCUCUGCCCGGUGAUUGUUGUGGCAGCGGAUGCGUCCGCUGCGUGUGGGAUGUCUACUAUGAAGAGCUUGAAGAAUAUAAUAAGCUGUAUAAACAAAAUCAGACUCCUAAAUCAUAGCAUUCUUGGAUAACUUCCGAUUGUUUAGUCAUCGCCUGUGAUGGCAGAUUUGUUGUAAUUUGCUGAACUAUCAUGCUGUUUUUACAGCUAUAAAAUGAAGUGGGGUGCAAUUUGAUCUCAGGUCCUUCCUAUCCAUUCAUUUUCAUCCCCACGAAUUUGUAUUUUUCUUCCUGUUAUUUCAUAACUGCUCUAAUCAAGAAAAUGUGCUGAAUUUUGACUUCCCGGGAAUUGCAUUAUCUUCUAAUUCUGCUGAAAAUGACCAUAAUAUGUGGAUGCACUAUAUAUACCUACGUGUAUAUCUCUAUAUGAAUGUUGAAUCCAA